AAAAAAAAAAAAAUCCGACCACCCCCAUUCAUUCACCAAACCCAAAAUAAAAGCCGUCCCGGGGCACCACGCUCCGGAGUUCCUCCGGCGAUCCCUCCCUUAGACGGCCGUCCCCUUGCGCGCGCGCUCGAGGAGGGCCUUCCGCCUUCAGGAACAAAACCGGACCAUCCUACCUCCGGAACGAAACCCUCCGGAGUCCGGAGGCGACGCGAGCAGCGACGGCUCUAACUCGAGCAGAGGCGACGGCGGGGCGACGCGAGGCAACCGUGGGGCAACGCGAGGCGACCGCAGCGUGGCGCACGGCGACGGCGACCCUACAUCCUUCCCCUUCCUGCUUCUCGCCGGUUAAGCACGGCAGUCGGCAGGAAAUGGAAUGUGUGCGCCAGAAUAAAAUACGCCCGUUUAACCCUCCGGCGAAUGUCCGGGGAAGCUUCAGCUCAGCAGCUCUGGGCGAUUUGGAUAAUGGGCAUUGCAGAUCUUUCUUUUUUUGUAGAUUAAUGGCGUUGCGGAUCUAGAAACUGAGGCAGAUUACUAGACGAAUAAACGACGAUGUGUCGGAGUAAUCUACAGAGAUGUAUCUAUUCUUUGCAUACCAGCAUACAUUUUUCUUGCAAUGCCAUUCUUGCAUAAAUAACCCUUGGGUAAUUAUAGGUUGAGCUCGAAAGACAUAGUGUGAUUGAAAUGUGCACCUGUAUAUUUCAGAAGAUAUAGCCCAUAUGUUCCAGAUAAUGUCUGUUAAUUUCUGUAAUUUACUUGGAAUUUGUAUGCAAAAAUUUAAGACAUACAUCCAAACUUGAGUUGGUUCCUAUUUAUGCCAGAUCCUUCUUUUGAAGCAUAGUAUCAGAUGCCUUAUUUUUUGUAGUUAGGAUCUCCUUCUCACUCCAAAGUAUGGUUGGUGUAUACUUGGCCUUUCCCACUGUAGUUUGCUAUCAUCAGUCAGUUGCACGCAUACAAAUAUUUUGGUAGUUUGCUAUCAUCAUGGAGGGUAGUUUGCUAUCAUCAUGCUAGCCAGCCGGCAGCAGGUUAAUUAUUCAGAGCCUGCAGAGGAGAUAUGCUAGCCAGCCAGCUGCUGCCUUUUGUUAUAUAUGUAUAUAUAUUUGCAUUGCAUGCAUGUGUGUCCAUUGCAAUACCCUCUACUUGUAUUGUAUGGUUUAUUUAUAUGUUUUUGGGACCCUCUAGUAAAUUGGUUCGAUUCUCCUCUUGUAAUAACUAAAGAAAGUGCCUUUAUUUGCUAGUGGUGUUGAAUUCUGUCUUGAUUUUUUCAGUCCAAAAUUCACUUGACCUCUGCUGCUCAUACACUUUGUAGUAAUGUGCAUGAUGUUUUUUCAGUCCAUGUUGUUUUGGGACUGACAGGGGGUGAUUUUGGUUUGCGCUGGGAGGAGAUGUGAUUUAUCUACACUAUGCUUGUUUUCUUAUUAAUUGUAACUAUUUCUUGUUACCUCCAGCACAACUCAUCUGUAUAGUAGGCAAGGCCUACUUGGCUAAUUUUUUAGUAGAUAGGUGCAGUACUAUUCAUUUAGUCCCUUGAUGAAGUGUAGAUUUAAAUAAAAGACUCAUCUCCACUUGGUUGUGUGAGUGCGCGCGCGCAUGUGUGUGAUUUUGCGUGGGCCUGAAGGGGUUCUGCAUAAAUUUGUCUUUUUGAUAGCUUGGUAGAUUGGAUACAAUGUUGUGAUGCAGCUAUUGUCUCAAUCUGCACAUGAUAGUCCAACUCGCAUAUUGUAUUCUCAAACUGCACAUGAUAGCCAGCAACAAAUAUGCUUUUGUCUUUAAUUUUUGGUCUCCUAUCUAGGGAAGUUCUAUAGAUCAAUAGAAAUGCAAGAAAUGUUCCGUUGAUAGUUUGAAAAAAUUAUUCAGCGCCAUAUGUGACAUAAACAGUUGCACUUUUUCUCUGUGCACAAAGAAUACCUUCAGUUUUGUUCUGUUUGCAUUUGAAAAAUGAAGAGCCAACACAUAUAAGUUGGCAUUGAUAGCUGCAUGUCAUUCUAACUGCUGUCCCAUUUCAGAAAUGCAUUGUAUUUUUUUUCAUGACCCUAUCUAGCACAUUUUUCGUUAAUAUGGAUAAUUAUAUGUAUUUUUGCCAUCUGUACAUAUUUCUUAUUUUUACCAAACUAAUAGUUUGUUUGCACCCCCUCUCAUCUCUUUCUAUUGGUUAGCGAUAGCUAUAUCAUAAUGUCCAAUAUUUCUAUUUCAGGUUUUGGAGAACCUAAGGAUACUGAGGUAGUACAAGGUGCCCAGAACGUUUGUGUUUCUAUCAAGUUGCUGCAUAGAACCCUUGUAUUUUAAACAUUCAAAGAUCUAAUCUAAGAUUUGUGCCAGAUGUGAUCUUGUGGAAACAAGAUAUUACUACAAGAUAGAGCAAGUAGAAGACCCCUUUCAAAGUUUCAAUACCUUGAUUUUUGAUGACAUGACGCGGUGUCAACUAUAACUCAUGCACUUUUGUAUUCCUUAUCACUUGAAUUUACGCUAGUUGCAGACUUGCAGCUACCUCUCUUGCACUUUUGUCGGUUAAACAUGUGGAUAUGUAUGCGCAUCAGAUUCUCAGCCCUGGAUUUAUCCCUGGCUAACCGAACAAUCAAAAAGGAGCAAGGGGAUUGGUUCUGCCAGGGAAUUAAACCUGCCCAGGGAAUGAGUGACAGCUAGGGGAUCAACUAAUUCCAGGCCUGGAUUGAUUCCUCUUCUGGAUUGGAUCCCCAGCUGCCGAACAAGGCCUUAGCGAUGCUAAUGCUCAGUGCAAUUGUUUCCUACCUUCUCAUGAUUGAAAUUGAGUUGAAUAGUUUUGUAUGGGGGAAGGAAUGAAAGGAUGCUUGCUUGAGAAAUUUUGCAUUAUAUGAUGCUUGAUGCUUACUGUGUGAUAAAUUGUUGCGAGUAACUCACUACUACCAUAACCGUUUCAGCUUGCAGAGCCCACCUAAUUGCUGCGAAAUGGAUAGAGGGCAGAACAGGAGGGAUGACGUCUUCAGGGGCAGGGAUCCAUUUGCUGGGUUUGGUUCCCACAGGAGCUUGAUUUCUGGCUUCUUUGGGGGGAGGGAUCGAUUUGAUGAUCCAUUCUUUACCCGUCCGUUUGGGGGUCAGAUGAUGGGUGAGCAUGGAAUGUUUGGACCUGGCCCGUUUGGGGGUCAGAUGAUGGGUGAGCAUGACAUGUUUGGACCUAGCCCUUUUGGGCCGAUGGGAGGGCCUUUUGGGGACAUGGGGAACCAUGGGUUCAUCGAGCAAGCUCCGCCUAGGGGUAACAGCAGAAGGCCUGUGAUCACAGAGGUUGAUGAGGAUGAAGGAGAAAACGCAGAGCACGGUAACAAGCAGCCCAACCAAGAUUCUUAUGUUCAGGAGCCAGAUGAUGGGAGUGAUGGGACAGAAGGUGGCCAAGUCCAGCUGCGCAGGGAUCUCAAUAGUGCUAACAGUGGAGGGCAGCCGCAGGCUCGUACUUUCACAUAUCAGAGCUCUUCUGUUACAUAUGGCGGUAUUAAUGGAGCUUACUACACUGCUUCAACGACUCGGCGGACUGGCAGUGAUGGGAUCACUGUGGAAGAAAGCAAGGAAGCAGAUACAACAACUAAAGAGGCCACUCAUAGGAUCUCCCGAGGAAUCCAUGAUAAGGGCCAUUCCCUGACAAGGAAACUGAAUUCAGAUGGGAAGGUUGACACCACACAGACAAUGCACAACCUGAAUGAAGAUGAACUAGCUGGAUUUGAGGAAUCAUGGAAGGGGAAUGCUGGACAUUACUUGCCUGGCUGGAACCAAAAUGCUGGUGCACCGAACAGUGAUAAUUCUGGAAGAGAAAAGGGAAAAUCAAAAUCUGUAUCUUUUUAUCUAUCGGAUGCUUCUGGGGUAGCUACUCCUACAGAUACCAAUUCUGAGAUGGGUAACAUCGGCAAUUCCUGUAGUGACAAAUUGACUGAUGAAAAUUUAAGUAACUCAUCUCAGCAGAUGACUGAAAAGCAUUCUGUUACCGAGGAUCAAUAUUCAAAUGAUCAGGACCACGAGGGGGAGCCACUAGAUCAUACUGUUGAACAGCAACCAAAUUCGGAUGUUGGAGAAAUAGCAUCAUCUAUGAAACUACGUUGCAGGAAAAAGUUGCAAAAAGUUGGGACACCUAAUCACACUGUUGAUGACUGUUUUGAUGAAGACUGUGUUGAACCUUCAUUAGCUGAAGAAGAUAAUGAUAGUGGUGAUGAUUACACUACUGGUAAUAAGCGUAAGGCUAGGAAAAAGUCAAGGGAUGGUGUAGAAGAGUCACAACAGCAGAAAGUUCAAAAAAAUAAAAGCAAGGUGUCUUCACGGGGCCGCAAAAGAACCUUGAAGGAUGAAUUGGCAGCGAAGCCUGAGAAGAAGAAGCUGACCCACAGAAUUCGUCAGAGGACACCAAAAGAGAUUAAGACUUUACUGGAAAGUGAGGAGAUAGAUCCCAUGAAGCUAAGUGCAGCACAUCUCAGGUUGUUACAAGAAGCUAGAGAACGUGUUAAUCCAAAAGAGAUUCCAUCUGGGCCAUCCUCUAAUUCAAGAAGCUUUGGACUUGAAGAUAUGGAUGAUUUGGACUACAGAGAUGAGGAAGCUAGGUUCUUUGACAAUGAUGGAACAGAGAACCAUGUACAAAAUACAACAAAAUUGAACUACCAAUCCUACAUGAACAAACCAGCCCGAGGAAAAUGGUCAAAAUCAGAUACUGACUUGUUUUACGAGGGUAUUCGACAAUUUGGUAGCGAUUUUGCAAUGAUACAACAAUUACUCCCUGAUAAGACUCGCCAUCAGGUGCGGCAAAAAUUUAAAUCUGAGGAGAAAAAAAAUCCAUUGCUAGUCCAUGAUGCUAUAUUUCAUCGCUCAGGAGAUAAUUUGUAUUUCAAAAAGGUAAUUAAGCAGCUCAACAUAGAAGAUGUUGUGCUGCCAGAGAUUAACAAUGCACAAAAACAAGAUGGCACAUCAAGUGAAAGAGGCCCUGGAAAUGAGAAUGUACUGGAUGAUUUCAACGAGGAGGAAAAUAGUUCAAAUUGGUCGAACGAAGAGCACGGCGGACAGAUGGAUGAUGUGCAAGAAGAGCAUGAUCUUGGAAAUGGUGGUGAUGAUGAUGAUCUUGGGGAUGUUUUUGAUUGGUACUAGUUAAUCACGGCUGGAAUUAGGACUCAUGAUACUACAAUUAUGAUUCUGCUAAUGUCUUGAGUGCUAAUAGUCAGAUGGAAGGGGACCCAUUUUUACAGACGGAAAUCUGUGUAAUGGACAGUGUUCAAUUGGAUCAGCACAUUCUUGGUGAUUAUGUCAGUACCAUGGUUGGGACAUGUGUUCUGGAUGCUAAGUUUUGCAAGCCGAUGGGAAGUGCGUGCAAGAGUAGUUGAUAUCAUCUGACGCUGUCAUGUUAGAUACGUCAUAUUUCUUUUUGUACUUACUUUUUUUUUUAUUACUUGCCACACAAAUGUACUAGUGCCCACACAAAUGUACUAGUGCUGAUGGAUGUGAUACGUCAUAUUUCUCUUUAGCAACUCCGAUUUUUUAAAAGAGAUUUAUAGCAACUUCGGUUUACUUCUCCAGUUGUAUAUUGCUGAUGCUCUGUGACUUCGAUAUUGGUUUCUUUGAUAGGCAGUAUCGGUUUCUGUAAAACCUUGUUUGGCAUCAACACAGUGACUUCCCUACCUUUACAUAACAGAACAAAUCUGUAAAUUGAGCUUUGGCACAUGAAUAUAGCACCUGAAUUUUGA